AUGAAAAUUUUACUUUUUAAAAAAUUCUCACGAAAUUUUAUCAUAUUUAACAAAUAUGUUAAUCCGAAAAGAAAUAACUUAUUAAUAAAAAAUUUUAAUACAAAGAAUUCAAUAAAUAAUGAAAAUAAAAAAUUAGAUGAUAAUUUAGAUUAUAAUAGUAAGGAAAUAAUUGAAAAAUAUAAAAAUUUGAUAAGAAAAAAAAAUAUUAAAAACGAUGAACAAUCAAAGCAUUUAUUUAACCAAAAUGAUGAAAAUAAAAAAGUAGAUAAUGAAAAUAUAUAUCAAGAAAACAAAAAUAAUGAGGUAACAGAAAGUAUAAACAAUGAGAAUAUAAGAAAAAAUAUUAUUUUAGAUAAAAGUAAUGAAAAAUUAAUACCUAAUAAAGAUGAAAAAUAUGUUAUUCUAAAAAAACAAAUAACAAAAGAAUUUAUUCAUCAAGUAUUUUUGCCUCAUGUAGAAUCUCAAAUAAUUUAUCAUAUAAAAACUUAUACACCUGAUCAAAUAGUGAAUAUUUUUCAUAUUUAUUCAUAUUUAUAUUAUUAUGAUAAAAAAAAAGAAAUGAUAGAUCAAUUAUUACAAUACUUAGAAUAUAGAUUAGAUUGUUUUAGUAUUCAGAAUGUUCUCUUAAUAUUAGAACCAUUAUAUAUAUUAAACAAAAUAAAUAAUAUAUAUAUAUAUAGAUUAAUUAUAAAUUAUUUAAAUAAAAUAAAAGAAAAAAUAAAUUUAUAUAAUUAUAUUGGAAUAUCAAGGGUUUUUACAAAAAUACUAAUUGAUAUUUAUUGUGAAGAAAAUAUUAAUAAAAAAUUUUUUUUAACUGAUUUAUUUCAGUAUAUAAAACAGAGAAAGUUUAGAAAAAAAAUUCCAUUAGAUCAAAGAAGCAUUUCUCAUAAAGAUUUUAUCAUUCAAUUUAUGAACGAAGUUAUUGAAAAAAUAGAUAGUCAAUUGCAUUUAUUAUCAGCUGUUGAAUUAACAGAUCUAUUAAGUGUCAUUUCAAAUUAUUCUUAUAAAAAUAAUUAUUCUAAAUAUAAUAUUGAAGAUGAUAACAUAAGUGUGGAUGAAAAUAAUUACAAUAACUCAAAUAAUACUGAUUUGAAUAAAACAUUAAAAAUUCAUAACUUAUCACAAAAUAAUGCAUAUUUAUUUAAAGAGAACAUUGCAUCAUUUAUAAUUAUAAAAGAAAUGAUAAACAAAUAUGACGAACUGACAACUUUACAUAAAAUAAUGAAUUUUUAUAAUUUAUCAAAAUUAUGUAUAUAUGAUGAAGAAUUUAUUAAUUUAAUUGAAAAGGAUUUAAAUAAUUAUUAUUAUAUAAAUAACAUUCAUCAUAAAUACUUAUCAUUAUUAGUUUGGUGUUUAUUCAAAUUUAAAAUUUUGCAUAAAUAUAUAGAUAAAUUACUACCUAUAAUUAAACAAAAUAUUUAUAAUUUUAAUGCUAAAGGAUUUUCAAGAUUAUGUCACUCCAUUUAUAAUGAAAAAGAAAUUUUACAUAAAAUAGCAAUUAAUUUAAUGAACAAAAUAGAGAAAAUGAAUAUUAACGAAUUUUUAUGUUAUUUUUACUCAGUUGUUCUUUUAGAUUUAUUACCAUUUUCAGUAUCUUCUUUUGAUAAUAAUAAAGAAAGUCAGAAUUUUGAUAAAAAUUUUCUUCAGUGUUCUGAAAAUGAAAAUGGAGUAUCAGAAAAAAGUAAAAGUGAGAAUAUAAAUAAUCAUUUAUCAAUUUUAAAUAAAAACGAAAUAUUACUUAAAUGCUUAAAAUUUAUUAAUGAUAAUAAAAAGGACAUUGGAAAGGAUGAAAUUACAAAAAUUGUUUUACUUUUAAAAAAAAAAAAACAUGAAAAAUAUUUGUCUAUAUUAAAUAUGUUACCAGAAGAAUGGAAACAUCUUAUUCAUUUAAUAAAUUAA